UAUGAGCUCUCUUUGAUAUGUCUUUGGUAUAAAAGUGGGUGCAUAAUCCCACCGUGAGCAUACGCAAUCUUGUAUCAGACACAAUGCGGUAUACAUUCCCUCUAUUGACGCUCGUGGCCCUCGGGGCGGCUAUAGCUCCGCAGCAAAAGCAGCGUGCUGCGAAUCAAGAACUCUUGCAGAAGCAGCAGAAUUCCAUCGACCUUCUUCAACAGAUCACUCAGGAUAAUAUACCAAACCCGCAACUCAAUCAACUCGGCCAUACCUACGACAUUGUUGCCAACUCCAAUAAGUAUAAAAAUCCGAUAAUCGCCGAGUAUUACGGCAAUGCCGUUAAAGACGGUUUGGUUCAGCCUAGGGGCACUGCCUUCUCCAACUCUGUCGAUCAACUGCGUAAAGAAGCAGCUCUUCUUCAAAAGAUCUUAUUGGAUGCAAUCGACUAUCAAACUUUCUUAAAUACCGCCGCUUAUGCUCGCGUUAAUGUCAACGAAGGACAAUUCCUUCAGGCCUUCACCGCUGCCGUCUUACAACGUCAAGACACCCAAGGGAUAAUUUUACCUCCAAGAUACGAAAUCUUGCCCCAAUACUACUUUGACUCUAGAAUCAUCCAGGAAGCGGAAAAAAUCGGUUCGCAAAUUAUUCACUCUUCGAACGUUCAAAAUGUUGUCAUUCCUGUUAACCAAACCGCAUACUUGCCACACGGAGAAGAUCAGCUUUCUUACUUCACACAUGACGUCGGACUCGCAAAUUACUACGCUUACGUUCAUCUAGCUAGUAACAUCUUGCAACAGGAACAACAACAGCAGCAGCAGCAGCAACAGCAGCAGCAGCAGCAGCAGCAGCAGCAACAGCAGCAGCAUCAGCAACACCAGCAUCAGCAGCAUCAGCAGCAACAACAGGAGCAGCAGCAACAGCAGCAGCAACAGCAACAGCAACAUUACUAUCAAUUAGGAGGUUACCAGCCGUCCGAACAAGAUAGUCCAAUCGGUAAAGGAAGCCGAUCCGCCUACCUUCACCAACAACUUCUGGCCCAUUACCAAUUGAAUCGCCUUGCCAACGGACUUGGUCCGAUCAAUCACUUCGACUACGUUACCGUACAGGCUCCGUUCGAGCCUCAUCUUCAACAUCCCAAUGGUCUUCCGUUCCCUGGACGUCCAGAAAUCUUGAAUCUUGAACAACAAGGUCUACAACAACAGGAAUUGAGCGAGGCUGUGAAGACUUUGGAACAGAGAUUGAUCGAAGCCAUCGACUCUGGAUACGUUCAAACUUCGCAAGGUGUUCUAUUAUCCCUUUACCAACCGCAAGGCUUGAACAUUCUUGCCGAAUUGAUUCAAGGAACUGGCAAGAGUGUAAAUCCAAGAUACUAUGGCAGCCUUCAAGCAGCAGCUAACCAACUCCUUGGCAACGCUCCCCAUGUUCAAAAUAUUUACGACUAUACGCCAUCCGUUUUGGAACAUGCCGAGACAUCUGUUCGCGAUCCAGCCUUCUACCAACUUUACCAAAAAGUAAUCAAUCUCUACAAGCGUUAUCAAAAAUCCUUGCCACCGUACCAAUACAACGAUCUCGUUCUUCCCGGCGUUACCAUCCAAUCCGUUGUUGUCUCCCCAUUGACGACUUUCUUCGACGAGUAUUACGUGAGCCUUAACGAGGUAACCGUUCAAGGACAAGAGCAAGGAAUUCAAGGUGGACAGAACGGUCAACAAGGACAAGAUGCCCAAGAAGAACGGCAACAAGGCUCGCAACAAGGACAACAGCAAGGCGUGCAACAAGGACAGCAGCAAGGACAACAGCAAGGACAACAGCAAGGACAACAGCAAGGACAACAGCAAGGACAACAGCAAGGACCAACUGUUCAGGCUAAACUAAUGAGAUUGGAUCAUCACCCGUACAGUUAUCAAAUCACCGUUCAAAGUCAGAGAUACAUCCCCGGCGCAGUCGUUCGCGUCUAUCUUGGACCAAAACACGAUUACCAAGGGCAACCAAUUAGCAUAUCUCAACACAGACAAUUAUUCGUAGAAUUCGACCAGUUCGUUCACGAGCUGCAACAAGGGCAAAAUGUCAUCAUUAGGAACUCCCAACAGACGCCAGGACGAAGCUACGACUAUCCAUCGACGCAAACCAUCCAAGAAGGCGUUAACGCUGCCAUUAACUCUCAGCAGCCGUUAUACAUCACCAAACCGCAACACAUCUAUGGGUUCCCUGCCAGGUUAUCUCUUCCCAAGGGUACUUACAACGGUUUACCACUCCAGCUUCUCGUAGUGAUCUCCGCCGCAUCAACGGCACAGCAGAAUUCACACUAUGGACCAGUCGUCCAACAAGAAUACCAGAAUUAUCAGGAACAUUAUCAGAUAGUAGGAGCUAAAGAGUAUCAACAGCAGCAGGGGCAGCUCUUGCAGAUGCAGGGUGUGAAGAAAACCGUAGAAGUUUUGCCCGAGCAAAAUAAUCUAGGACAAUUUAUCGAAGCCAUCGACACAGAGCACAGUAAUUUUUACGCGAAAAAAGGACAAUCUCCGUACAGCCAAGUGAUAGCUAAUCAGUAUGGGCACGUACAGCAGCAAUUGCAUCACCAAUACGUACAGCAACAACAAAACCCCGGACAGCAACAAUCGGCCGUUGGCGUUCAAGGCGGAGUUCAAGCUGGCGUACAAGGUAUCGUGCCUAUACACGGCGUGCAAGCUGGCGUGCAAGCUGGCGUACAAGCUGGCGUACAAGAAGGCGUACAAGCGGGAGUACAAGGGCAAGUAGGCGUACAAGGAGUAGUACAAGGAGGUGUGCAAGGAGCAGGAGUACAAGGAGGAGUACAAGGAGGAGCACAAGGUGGAGCGCAAGGAGGUGUACAAGGUGGUAUAUACGCUUCCAAUACGAUCGGCUGGCAAGGGCAACACGGUUCUCAAGGUCAACACGUUGAUUGGCAUAGCCAAUACGGUUGGCUAGGACAACAAGGACCGUCGGCGCAAUAUCACAGCAGCGGAAAAACGCACGCGGGUGGAUAUCAAGGCGUCUAUCAAACUGGCAGCCAAGCUGCUCAGGAGCAACAAGUCGAUAACUACUACCAGAACACGGACAUUUCCGAUGUCAUCGGUGGUGCCAUUUCCCUCGACGGCAGACCCUACGGUUACCCAUUGGACAGACCUCUUGCUUCCAGUGCUCUUGCAGUUUCCAACAUUUACGUUUGCGACGUUGACGUCAAACACGAGGGUCAACCCACCAAUAUGAUCAACCAGUAAUACCGUCACCGAAAUACUUGUGACUAGUGUAUUAUAUCGUAGCGAUUUGAAUUUGAUCUAUGUCACACUUAAAAAUAACACGCAUUACGGGAA